AUGCCCCCGCGCGCCUCCUGGCGCUGCCUCCCUUGCUCCCUCCCAUCCCCCCUUCGCCGCCCAUCGCCCUCUCCCUUCGUUCGCAUCCCGCCCACCUCGCGCGGCCUUCGUGCGCCCGUGCUUCGACGGGCGCAGAGGUGCGGGGGGCGAUCGAGAGGCGCGGAGGAGGCGCCGGGGGGAGGGCCGGAUGAUCGUGACCUGAUCCGGAUCUUGGCGGAGGCGGCGCGGGCUGGCCGUGGGCUGGGGCCGCAGGAGCUGGCCGACCUGGUGGCGAACUUCGGAGCGGGGGAUGGCGGGGAACAGGACGGCGACGCGGAAGCGGGGAAGGAGAGGGAGGCCGAGGAUUUCUUCGACCUGCCACAAGCGGCCAAAGACGUUCUUUCAGAGGCGGGUGUGCUGGACGCUGUGCCUUGGGACGGCCGGCUUGCGGUGCCGCCCAGAUUCGGGAAGUUUCUGGACGAGGAGGAUGUGGAUGUGUUGGAGCGCCUGCAGGAGCCCCCACCUGUCGAUGAGGCUGAGGCAGAGGAGCUGAGGAAGGCGCAGAUGCGGGCUGCAGAAAAGGUGCAGCGUAUGCUGGAGGACGGGCCGUCGAUCAUGGACAAGGUGGAAGAUGCCUAUGGGGCAGCUGUGGACGAUGAAGAGGUGGAUGAAGAUGUGGUUGUGUCCGACAUCAACAACCUUGGCGAAGAAGAGGACGAAGGUUAUGGUGACUCACCUGAUGACGACCUUGAAGGGCUUUUCGAUGUGGAGGCCAUGGAGAGGGGGAUGGCCACCCUGGCAGCUGGUGAGCAGCUGCCCGAUGUCAAGCAGUAUGCCUGUGAGCCAGAAGAUGCCCAAUCCUUCAAGAAGUGCGUUGGCGGAUAG